GUGCACGAUUUGCCUCGAUCUGUAAUAAAAAUACAUUCGUCCCUCAGUUGAGAAUAAAAGCGCCACAAAAUUUGCAAAAAGUAGAUUGCUUAUCCAGGGAGAAAUCGACACCCUACGAACUAGGGUUUUCGCCGAGUUGGAAACGAUUUGGAGGAGGUUCAUUUCCAAGGCGUGCAAAUGGAAUCGAAUGGAUAUGUACAUGGCGAGUCAUCACUGAACCAGGAAUGCAUUACCAGAAAAUUGGAUUUUAGUGAUGACAAAGAAGUAUCAUGGUGUCCUUACUUUGGAUUCGAUGAACCUCAUUCUGGAAAAUACAUAAUGAAACGUUGGAAAGAAAAUAUAAUAACCACCAAUUUAUUGAGGACACGAAAUUGCUUAGGCGAAAUAGAUCGGGGUUAUCGCAAUGAACUAGCCCAUGAUACACAUUCAGCAGUGGACUAUUGCAUUGAUAUAUUAAGCCGUGAUAAGAAGAAACUUGAAGCUUUUGCAAGCAAAAUUCACGAUCUCAAGUGUGAAGUAGAAGCUGAAUUUCUCAACUCACUGAACUACAAUAGCAAAAAAGAGAUGGCGGAAUCAUUUUUGGGAUACGAGUUCGGAGAAAUUACAAUUCGUAACCCACCAGUAAGAAGAAAUAGAUGGGAGGAAGCCAUUGUUGAAAGCUCAAAGCGUAAGAGAAUGUGCAGAAGAUGCAUGGAAUUGUCUACGCAUGACUCCAGGAAUUGUCCAUUGAAAAAUGCAGCAGAAUAGAUGGGUUCUUUUAGAAACAUAAGGUUCAGGUUCUAAUUGUAAUUUGAAUGGUGAUUUUCUUAGGACUACAUUUCGUUGAUGCCACUGUCAAAAUUCAUGUGC